AUGUUCCCCUCUCUACUAUCUACCGUAUUCGCCGCUACCGUAACCCUGCUCGCACUUGUCGAGGGUCAACAGAUUAAUCGAUGCUAUUCGUGCGCAACGGGUAGCCUGAACCGACGAUGGGCCAUCACACAGCUCCGCUCUUCCAAGAAUAUCGUUUUCGACACGACACAACAGAAAAAGUGCAGCAGCCUGAACGAGGAAGACGUCUAUCUCGUCAAUUGCACGAGCCCUUGUAUGGACCUGGUAUUCGAAGACCCGGAUGCCACUACACAGGGCGACAACGGCGAAACGUUGUUGUACGUGCGUGGGUGUCACAGCGAGUUGACCGGCGUGUCGAACGCAAAUGUACAGUCGCCCGAUUAUCAGGAUGGACAGUUUUGCGAGUACGACGACUCGUGGAACACGUUCAAGUGUGACGGCUCGAUGGCGACGAUCAAGGCCAAUUUCCGGUUGUGCACCGGAAAUAAGUGCAACAACCACAAAGGCGUCGACGGCACCGGGAUUUGCGCCCAUGCCACCGUAAACGACCGCCAAUGUUUCGAGUGCGAGAAGGUGAAUGGGGAAUGCCGAAACAAGAACCGCGAUCCGGCCACCAGAAAAGCCAAGCGCUACUGCACAAAGACACAUGCAAAAAUUGAUGGCACUCACACCUAUUACGUGACCCAAUCGAACUCGGACAUCAACCUCUUCCGUAUCCCCAACUACUGCAGCACGGCCCGGCAGACAACCACACCAAUUGGUGGUCUCGCCUCGGCCCAUGCUCAGGUGACACAAUGCGUCUGCUCCGACCAGGAUCGCUGCAACUCGGCCGGGAUUUUGUCUUUCAUUUUUGUUCUGUUCGCUCCGAUGCUCUCACUGAUUAUC